AUGUCCGACGUUGUCGACGCGAAGGCGAAGUUCUCGUCCCUCAAAAAGUCGUCCUUCAAGACGACGUCCAAAGAGGACGAGCCCGCCGACCUCAACAUUCCUGACAACUAUGUCGACCACGUCCUCAAAACAACGGAAGCGUUGCCUCCCGUUACAUGGUCCAAUCUCUUGAAUGAGAUUCAGUGGAUCUCUUUCACCGCCAUUUUGGGUGUUCCCAUCGUUGGUUUUGUUGGUGCUUAUUAUACGAGUUUGAGGAUGGAGACAUUCAUCUGGAGUGUAGCUUACUAUUUCAUAACUGGUUUGGGUAUAACCGCUGGCUAUCACCGUCUUUGGGCCCACCGCGCAUAUAACGCCUCACUUCCUCUCCAAUACGUCCUUGCUUGUCUUGGUGCCGGAUCCGUUCAGGGUUCCAUCAAGUGGUGGUCUAGAGGUCACCGCGCUCACCAUCGAUACACUGAUACCGACCUUGACCCGUACAAUGCGCACAAAGGUUUCUGGUACUCCCACGUUGGAUGGAUGCUUAUACGACCCAGGAGAAAGCCAGGUGUAGCGGACGUUAGUGACCUCAGCCGUAACCCUGUAGUCAAGUGGCAACACAAGCACUACAUCCAGUUGAUGUUUACUUUUGCACUUGUCGUCCCGACAUUGGUCGCACAUUACGGAUGGGGCGAUGCGAAGGGUGGAUUUGUUUACGCUGGUGUUUUGCGGUUGUUGUUUGUACAUCAUUCUACGUUCUGUGUUAAUUCUCUUGCACAUUGGUUGGGUGAAACUCCAUUCGAUGACAAGCAUACUCCCCGCGACCACAUAAUUACUGCCUUUGUGACCAUCGGUGAAGGUUACCACAACUUCCACCACCAGUUCCCCAUGGACUUCCGAAAUGCUAUCAAGUGGUACCAGUACGACCCCACAAAAUGGACUAUCUGGUUCUUGUCCAAGCUCGGGUUGGCCAGCCAUUUGAAGACAUUCCCCGACAACGAAGUUCGCAAGGGACAAUUGACCAUGGUGCUCAAGAAGUUGAAGGCGACUCAGGACAGUUUGAAUUGGCCGGCUGAUAGCAAUGACCUACCGGUUGUCUCUUGGGAGACCUUCCAGAAACAAUCUGCGAAGAGACCGUUGAUUCUAAUUGCCGGAUUCAUUCACGAUCUUUCGGGCUUCAGUGAGGAACAUCCUGGAGGCGCUCAUUUAAUUCACAAGUUCAUCGGCAAAGAUGCAACUACGGCCUUCUUUGGUGGUGUGUACGAUCAUUCCAAUGCUGCGCACAACCUACUCGCAAUGAAACGCGUCGGUAUUCUUAAUGGCGGACAUCCACAUGCACUCGACGACAAGGCCGUCGCUCCUGGUUCACGACUAAAGGUUGCGAAGUACACGGAGCUUAGCAACCCUGCUUCGUAUAGCAGCAGUACCGCUUGGAGUGACGAUGACUAG